UUUCAGAGUUCGCGAAGACGGAUGUAGCGGACAGCCUGUGUUGGAGACGUAGGCUAUUGAAAAGUUGAUAUUUUAAAGGACUUAUUUCGUGGUUUAGAGAGACUCUCCCACUGCUGCUGGGAUGAGUGACUCUCAGGAGAGAGAGGAGGCUGCAGAGUCUGGAGCACACAGCCGUGAGACCAUGAAGAGUGAUGAAGAUGUGCAUGAGACGAGCUCUGGAGGACCAGAUCCACACAGACCUCCAUCUCCAGUGCCCAGCUGUGUGUCUAUGAAGAGUGAUGGGUCCAUGCGUCAACCUCCAUUACUCGACAGUGGACCAGCUGCACAGUCUAAAUCUGAACCAGAUCCACACAGACCUCCAUCUCCAGUACCCAGCUGUGUGUCUAUGAAGAGUGAUGGGUCCAUGCGUCAACCUCCAUUACUCGACAGUGGACCAGCUGCACAGUCCAAAUCUGAUGAGUUGACGGCUGAUCAGUCGAUGGGUGGAGUGCAUGAACAGGCACUGAGUGACACCAUCACCUGUGAAGACAACAUCAACAAGAACGCAGAUAACGAGAUCCUGAGGACAGUUAAAGAGAACCAUAAAGCCAGUAUGAAGAGGAGGUUUGAGAACAUAUCUGAAGGCAUCAUCAAACCAGGAGCUGAGAUACUCCUCAAUGAGAUCUACACAGAACUCUACAUCACGGAGGGAGAGAGUGAAGGUGUGAAUAAAGAGCAUGAAGUCUGGCAGUUAGAGUCAAUAUCCAGAUCUCAAACCACUGAAGACACACUAAUCAACUGCAAUGACAUCUUCAAACCCUUACCUGGACAGAAAAAGUGCAUUAGAACUGUGAUGACCAAAGGUGUUGCUGGCAUUGGAAAAACGGUCUCAGUGCAGAAGUUUAUUCUUGACUGGACAGAUGGGCUAGCUAAUCAGGAUGUAGACUUUAUGUUCCCCCUUCCUUUCCGUGAGCUGAAUUUGGUCAGAAGUGAUCAGUAUAGUCUUCACAAGCUCCUGCUUGACUUCCACCCUGAGCUGAAGGAGCUGAAUGAUGGUAAAGGAUACAAAGACUGUCGGGUUGUAUUUAUCUUUGAUGGUUUAGAUGAGAGUUGGUUAACACUGGAUCUGGAACAGAGCAAUACGUUGUCUGAUGUAAAACAAACAUCAUCAGUGGAUGUUCUGAUGACGAGUCUCAUUCAGGGAACUCUGCUUCCCUCUGCACUCAUCUGGAUAACAUCACGACCAGCAGCAGCCAGUCAAAUUCCUGCUCAAUAUAUAAACCAGGUAACAGAAGUACGAGGAUUCAAUGACCCACAGAAGGAAGAGUACUUCAGGAAGAAGAUCAGUGAUGAGAGUCAGGCCAACAGAGUUAUCACACACAUUAAGGCAUCCAGGAGUCUCCAUAUCAUGUGCCACAUCCCAGUCUUCUGUUGGAUUGCAGCUACUGUGCUACAACAGAUGCUGGAACAGGACAACACCCAGGCAAUACCCACAACUCUGACUGAGAUGUUCAUACACUUCCUACUGAUCCAGACUACUCGGAAGGAUCAGAAAUAUCAAGAAAGACGUGAAACAGAUAAGAAAAUGCUCUUGGAAUCACAGAAAGACAUAAUUCUGAAGCUAGCAGAAAUGGCUUUUGAUAAUCUAGAGAAAGGCAACCUGAUAUUUUAUAAAGAAGACCUGGAAAAGUAUGGCAUUGAUGUCUGUCAAGCCUCAGUGUACUCUGGCCUAUGCACUGAAAUCUUCAAGGAAUACUCUUUGUUUCACCAAAAGAAAGCUUACUGCUAUGUGCAUCUGAGCAUCCAGGAGUUUCUGGCAGCACUGCAUGUGUUUGUGUCAUAUCAGCAAUGCAAUUGGGAUACACUAGAAUCCCUUUGUGGAGAUAGAUGGACACGAGCAGAUUAUUUGGAAUCCAAGGAUUGCUGGACAGAAUCACUGUAUGAGCUUCUAAAGAAGGUAGUGGGCAAAUCUUUGGACAGCAGGAAUGGACACCUGGAUCUUUUCCUUCGCUUCCUUAUGGGCAUCUUACGGGAGAGCAAUCAGAGACUUUUGCAAUGUCUACUGAUCUACACAUACAGGGCCACAGAGAAUGAAAUCAAGGGAAUCUGUCAGUAUAUAAAAAACAUCAACAGAGAAGAUCUCUCUCCUGAAAGAUGCAUCAAUCUUUGUCACUGCUUGUUUGAAAUGAAUGACCGUUCCAUGCACAAAGAAAUUCAAACAUAUCUGGAGUCACCGAGAGAUUUCAAAGGCCAGCUGUCUCCAGCUCACUGUUCAGCACUGGCCCACAUGCUUCUGAUGUCUGAGGAGGUGCUGGAUGAGCUGAUUGACCUGAAGAAAUACAACACAUCAGAUGAGGGGCGCAGGAGACUGAUACCAGCUGUGAGGUGCUUCAGAAAAGCACGACUUACUGGCUGCAAACUCACAGAUAAGUCAUGUGAGCUUGUAGCCUCAGUUCUACAGUCACCAAACUCCCUGAUUGAGCUGGACCUGAGUAACAAUGACCUGGGAGAUUCUGGAGUUCUGCUUCUUUUGAAAGGACUAUCAAAUCCCCACUGCAAGCUGCAGACAUUGAGGCUCAGUAGUUGUGGUAUCUCAGAUGAAGGUUAUUUUUGUCUGGCUCUCACUCUGAUGUUAAACCCCUCCUGUGUGAAAGAGCUGGAUGUGAGCAACAAUCAUCCUGGAGAAUCAGCACAGAAGCUGUUAUCUGCUACACGGAAGGAUCCUCACCACAAAGUUGAAGCUCUUCAACUUGCUGGCUACAAACUCACAAGUAAGUCUUGUGAGCUUGUGGCCUCUGUUCUGCAGUCUCCAAACUCUCUGAAAGAGCUGGACCUGAGUGACAACAACUUGGGAGAUUCUGGGGUUCAGCUUCUUUCUAAAGGACUGUCUAGUCCCCAGUGUAUACUGCAGAGGUUAAGGCUCUGUAAUUGUGCGAUCUCAUGUGAUGGUUAUGUUUGUCUGGCUCUCACUCUGAUGUUAAACCCCUCCUGUGUGAAAGAGCUGUAUAUGAGCAAGAAUCAUCCUGGAGAAUCAGCACAGAAGCUGUUAUCUGUUACAUUGGAGGAUCCUCACCACAAAGCCCUUCAACUUGCUGGCUUCAAACUCACCGUUAAGUCCUAUGAGCUUGUGGCUUCAGUUCUGCAGUCUCCAAACUCCCCAAUAGAGCUGGACCUGAGUGACAAUGACCUGGGAGAUUCUGGAGUUCAGCUUCUUUCUAAAGGACUGUCUAGUCCCCACUGCAAACUGCAGACAUUAAGACUUGCUGGCUGCAAACUCACAGAAAUGUCAUGUGAGAUUGUGGCCUCAUUUGUAAAGUCAUCAAACUCCCUGACAAAGUUGAACCUGAAUAACAAUGACCUGGGAGACUCUGGAGUUCAGAUUCUUUCAAAAGGACUGUCUAGUCCCCACAGUAGGCUGCAAACAUUAAGGCUCCGUGAGUGUGGUAUCUCAGAUGAUGGUUAUGUUUGUCUGGCUCUGGCCUUGAUGGUAAACCCCUCCUGUGUGAAAGAGCUGGAUGUGAGCAGUCAUCAUGGAGAAUCAGCAAAGCUGUUAUCUGCUACACUGGAGGAUCCUUACCGUAAUGUUAAAGCCCUUCAACUUGCUGGCUACAAACUCACAGCUAAGUCCUGUGAGAUUGUGGCCUUAGUUCUGCAGUCUCCAAACUCCCUGUUAGAGCUGGACCUGAGCGACAACAAUCUGGGAGAUUCUGGAGUUCAGCUUCUUUCGAAAGGACUGUCUAGUCCACAGUGUAUACUGCAAGAGUUAAGGCUCUGUAAGUGUGGUUUCUCAAGUGAAGGGUAUGUUUGUCUGGCUCUGGCCCUGAUGUUAAACCCCUCCUGUGUGAAAGAGCUGGAUGUGAGCAAGAAUAGUCCUGGAGAAUCAGCACAGAAGCUGUUAUCUGCUACACUGAAGGAUCCUCACCACAAAGUUGAAGCCCUUCAACUUUCUGGCUGCAAACUCACAGAUAAGUCAUGUGAGCUUGUGGCUUCAGUUCUGCAGUCUCCAAACUCCCUGAUAGAGUUGGACCUGGGUGACAAUGACCUGGGAGAUUCCGGUUUUCAGCUUCUUUCUAAAGGACUUUCUAGUCCUCACUGCAAGCUGAAAACAUUAAGUAUUAACAGAAUGGAGUCUGAUGCACAGGGGUUAUACUGGUCAAAGAAGUUCAAGGCUAUCAUAGGAUCCUGGAAUCGCUUACCCGGAAAAGAAAGAACUCUGGAUGUGCCCAGUCCUGAUCCUUCCUGCAGUGAACCAUCACACUCUAAACCCAAUGGCUGUCCCUUCAGAGAGAAGAAUGAGGAGGGGAAUGACUCUCAGGAGGGAACCAACAAAGCCAGUAAAGAAGGAGUCACCUAUGGAAAAUACCUGCAGUUGGAUAAGGUUUUGGAUGCUCAAUCUUUCCUGAGUGAAUCGAAAGGCAAUAAGAUUCAUGAUGAGCACCUAUUUAUAAUUUUCCACCAAGUGUGUGAAUUAUGGUUUAAGCAGAUUUUAUGGGAGCUGGACUCAGUGAGGGAAAUCUUCAUUAGCGGAGAAGUGCAAAAUGGACGUAACAUGUUGACGGUGCUCAGACGCACCAACAGAAUGAUCACAAUCUUCAAACUCCUGGUGGAACAGUUUUCCAUUCUGGAGACUAUGACUGCGAUGGACUUCUAUGACUUCAGGCAGUACCUCUUUCCAGCCUCUUGCAUCCAAAGCUUGCCGUUCCGUCUCCUGGAGAUCAAGUUCGGCGUGGCCGCUGACCGACGGAUUUCCUUCAGAUGCCAGCACUACUGGAAGACCUUCUAUGGCCAGGAGAGCGAGACGCUCCUCCGCUCUGAGAAGGAGCUCACGCUGCUGCAGGCGGUGGAGAAAUGGCUGGAAGGCCUUGAGGAGAAAGAAUUCAACUUCUGGGGAAAACUGGAGGCCAACAUCACUGAGGAACUGAAGAAGGAGAGAGCGGAAAUAGAGAGAGCAGAGUCAGAGGACAAAGAUGAGCAGAUGAAGGAUUUCAUCAAGCAGAGAGAACUGUUUGCAUCCCUGUUUGAUGAGCAACGACAUGAUGACCUGAAGAGUAAAGGUGAGCGGCGGCUCUCCUAUAAAGCUUUGCAGGGCGCUCUCAUGAUCUACUUCUACAGAGAGGAGCCUCGCUUCCAGGUGCCGUUCCAGCUGCUGACCUCUCUGAUGGACAUUGACGCCCUGAUGUCCAAAUGGAGAUACCAUCAUGUGUGCAUGGUGCACAGGAUGAUUGGCAGUAAGAUGGGAACAGGUGGAACCCAAGGGUACCGUUAUUUGCGUUCCACUGUGAGUGACCGUUACAGGGUGUUUGUGGACCUGUGUAACCUAGCAACCUUCCUGGUGCCGCGCCACUGGGUGCCCAAGCUCACUUCCUGUGACAGCUCCAACUGCAGCAAUAGUACACUGUAAAACCUACCGUAAAUUAGCCAAAGCUUGUACAUUGAUUUUGCUACACAAUAGAAAAUGCCUCAGUACAAUGUACUCAAAUGUGUGCGUUGCUUCUGGGGCUUAUGGGUAAAUGCUACUUUGUUGUUCUAAUCUCUGUUUGUUUUCUUAUCUGAGUCAUUCCAUGUCAAAUCAGAUAAGGUUGUUGCUGCACUGUCUCAGAUUUUGUUCAAACUUUGUCUAUAUCAUCAAUGGGUCAUAAUAUCAAGGCCUGUGAAAUACUUCUGUGCAAAUCUUCUGUCCUCAUAUAUUUUUCAGACCUUGAAAUUCUUUCAUUUUUACAGCUUGAAAAACACAUGCCAUGUUUGGGCAUUAAUAUCUUGACAUAUUAUAAUAUCUUACAUUAUAUGUUCCAUAGCCUCCCCAAUUUUCUAUGGUGGCAGCCUAACUCAUAAUAAGCAUGUCUAAACAAUGUGAAGUCUAAAAGACUAAAUGUCUCUUGACUUUCGAAAAGCCCCUAAAGUUAAUUUUGAAAAAAAAUGCGCACUAAGUGUGAAAAAAAGCAGUAACUUCUUUUCAGACCAAUUAUUUAUUUUAUUUGUAUUUUAUGUUAUUGUACAGUACAUGGUUUUUACCAAUCAUUUGUUAUGUUAGAGCGCCAUCUACUUUUGAGUGUAAUAACAAACUUCCUGCUUAGCGUUCAUAGAUACGGAAGUAUAGGAAAUAAGCUAAGCCAAAAGAUUUCUUUGUUCUUCGAAAUGACGGCGAAUUGCUAUAUGUGUGUAGCUAGCAAAAUGUGGGUUAACAUACAGCCUAUAAGACAAGACAAAUAAAAAUAGUUUAAUUUUGUAUUCACUGUUUCGCAGCAUAAACAAAGGAAAGGAGAAAAUAGUGAAGAUUUCCUGCAUCAACAUUCUUUGUUCAUCCUAGCCUAGUGUUUGUUUAGUUAGCACCUGGAGUUCAGUCCAAAAAUAUCAAUCUUAGUCUCAUCUGACCCUAAAACCUUUUUCCACAUGGUAGCAGAAUAUUCCAUAUUUGUUUUUGCACUGAACUCCAAGUGCUGUGUUUGGCGAAAACCCAACACAGUCCAAGAACCACCCAAAACGCACCAUACCUACUGUGAAGCAUGUAGGGGAAACAUUAUGUUGUGGGGAUGUUUCUCUUCAGUGGGACAAUUGGUCAGGAAAGAAGGGAAAAUGGAUGCUGCCAAGUACAUUCAAAUUAUUGAAGAAAACCUCCGUCCCUCUGCUAGAUAGCUGAAGAUGGGCAGGUCAUUCACCGUCCAACACGCCAAUGAUCCUAAACAUACUGCCAAAAGAACAAAGCAGUGGCUUAAGGAUAGGAAAGUGAAUGUCCUUGAGUAGCCAAGUCAGAGCCCUGACUUAAACCCUACAGAAAAUCUGUGGAUUGACUUGAAGAGAGCAGUCCAUCGCCGUUCCCCACAUAAUUUGACUGAAUUUGAACAAUUCUGAAAGGAGGAUUGGGCUAAUAUUCUCCAAUCUAGGUGUGCAAAGCUAAUAGAGACAUCCAAACAGAUUGAUGGCUGUAAUGAAAGCAAAAGGAAGCUCUACAAAGUAUUUAAUCAGGGGUAUGAUGACUUUUCCAACCCGGUUAUUCUAGUAUUUCAUUUUUUUAAGAAAUGUUGUCUUUUUUCAUCAUCUUGAUGUUGUACAGCUAAAUGUGUAAAUAAAACUG